GCGCCAUAGUGACUGUAGCCCUGGAGACGGUUACUUGCCAACGGGAGCCGCCGCCGCCGCCUCACGCAGCCCCGACCGCCGGAGCCCCGCGCAGCCCUGAGGGGAGCCUGGAGGCGCCGGGGAGCCACCGAGAGCCAGGCAUGCAGGAGUCCGAGGGCGGCUCAGAUUCCACGACUCCUGUGGCGCUGCGAACGUCGGCAUCGGUCCAGGCCCCUGUGGUCCAGCCAGUGCCAGCAUCCCAGCAGAGGGUUUUGGUGCAAGCUACAGGCUCCACUCCGAAAGGGGCGCAAAUGCAGCAGCUGUCCGUCCCCAGAGUCCAGCAGGUUCCACAGCAGGUGCAAACGGUACAGCACGUCUAUCCAGCUCAAGUCCAGUACGUGGAAGGAGGAGAAGCUGUCUACGCCAAUGGGACCAUACGUGCCGCUUAUUCCUACAACACCGAGGCUCAGAUCUACGCCCCGAGCAGCGCCUCCUCCUACUUCGAAGCGCAGGGAGGCAGCUCUCAGGUGAGCACGGGGCCUUCGUCUCCCACGACUAUCCCCUCGCACGGCAUGGUGGGCAUCGCGAUGGACAUCGGGGGAAGCCAGAUCGUGUCCAGCUCGGGAGCCUACCUCAUCCACAGCGGCAUGGAGAGCGCCAGGCACGCCCUCUCUCACACCUCGCGCUCCUCCCCAGCCACGCUUGAAAUGGCGAUUGAAAACCUCCAAAAAAAUGAAGGCAUAACGUCGCACAAAAGCAGCUUGCUGAACAGCCAUCUUCAGUGGCUGCUGGACAACUACGAGACGGCCGAAGGGGUCAGCCUGCCCCGGAGCUCUCUCUAUAACCAUUACCUGCGCCACUGCCAAGAGCACAAGCUGGACCCCGUGAACGCCGCGUCUUUCGGGAAGCUGAUUCGCUCCGUCUUCAUGGGACUGAGGACACGCCGGCUUGGCACAAGGGGAAAUUCCAAAUACCAUUACUAUGGUAUCCGCCUCAAGCCGGACUCCCCGCUCAACCGCUUGCAGGAAGAUACUCAGUAUUUGGCGAUGAGGCAGCAGCCCAUCCACCAGAAACAAAGGUACAGGCCUUCGCAGAAGUUGGACGGCCUGGCGGAGGCCGGUUCAAACAGCAGCCUACACUCCACGCCCGAGCAAUCUGUUGCUGCGCAGAGCCAGCACCACCAGCAGUUCAUUGACGUCACCCACAUCCUCCCUGCAUUCCCAGCCCUCGAUCUGGAAAACGUGCUCCUGCAGGAGGGAAUCGAGGCGAGCGACGUCAAGACUCUUCAGGUCCUCUACAGGCGGCAUUGCGAGGCCAACGUGGAUGUCGUGAUGAGCCUGCAGUUCCCUUACAUCGAGAAGCUAUGGCAGUCCUUCUGGAAUUCGGAGUCUCACUCGAGCGAGUCGGCCUCUGCUGCUGUCCCUUCCAGAAGCCAAGAGGCUGCUGACCCUCACCCUUGUCCCUCCCCGUGCAGCGAAGAGCCCCGCGACGCCCUCGUCCCGAGGCACAAGCUGAUCGCCAUGUGCAAAUACAUCCCCAUCAUGAAAUGGAUGCGGGGCUGCGACCACAUCUUGUACCAGACGCUUGUGGAGAUCCUCAUCCCAGAUGUUCUCCGGCCUGUUCCCAGCACGUUGACCCAGGCCAUCCGCAACUUCGCCAAAAGUUUGGAAGGGUGGCUAAUAAACGCCAUGAGCGACUUCCCCCAGCAGAUCGUCCAGACAAAGGUGGGUGUGGUGAGCGCCUUUGCACAGACUCUCCGCAGGUACACCUCCCUCAACCACCUGGCGCAGGCAGCUCGCGCCGUCCUCCAGAACACCUCGCAGAUCAACCAGAUGCUCAGCGACCUCAACCGGGUGGAUUUUGCUAACGUCCAGGAGCAAGCCUCGUGGGUGUGCCAGUGCGAGGAGGGCCUGGUGCAGAAACUGGAGCAGGAUUUCAAGCUGACCCUCCAGCAGCAGAGCUCUUUGGACCAGUGGGCCAGCUGGCUGGACAACGUGGUGACCCAGGUCCUGAAGCACCACGAGGGAGGAGCCGGCUUCCCCAAGGCAGCCAGGCAAUUCUUGCUGAAGUGGUCCUUCUACAGCUCCAUGGUGAUCCGAGACCUCACCCUGCGCAGCGCGGCCAGCUUUGGCUCCUUUCACCUGAUCCGCCUGCUGUACGACGAGUACAUGUUCUACCUGGUGGAGCAUCGCGUGGCUCAAGCGACGGGGGAGACGCCCAUCGCCGUGAUGGGAGAGUUCAGCGACCUGGCCUCCAUGUCCCCAGCCUUGAUCGAUAAAGACGACAUCAGCGACCUGGGCAGCGAGGCGGAGGCAGACUCCCGAUGCGCCGGCGAGCCCCUCGUGAAGCGCGAACGCAGCGAUCCCGGCCCCUCGCUGCAAGAGAUCUAAGAGUUGGCACAGCGGGAGACGCCCAACUCCCGUCGCGUUCCAACUCCGGAAGCAAAAGUUUCCAAAGCUUUCUGGAAACCCCAAAGGCUGGGUUUCCACCUCCUCCACAAUCCGAGUGCCUCUUAGCUCCUCUUAACGUUUACUUGUCUUCACAGACGUGGUCCCUGGCAGCUGCCUGAUCGGCUGCGCGGGCAGAAGAUGGCCCAGUCGCGGCAAAGGGAAUCAGCGGCCGGCUCUUCCUUGCCAAUGGGGGGAUGCCUGGCCCUUCUGCGCUGAACGUGGAGCUUUCUGUCUGUCUAUCUGUCUGUCUGUCUCAGUUCCCCUCUCCCUCAUAUCCCCGUGCUCUUGGCCUUAACUGACUCUUUGAAUGGAUUGCGGAACCUUCGGAGACCGGGUGCUUGGUUGGCUGUGACAGCUCCAAACCCAGCCGUCUCCUCCAGGGUUCCCUAGAUUACCACUGUGAUGAAUCUCUGCUUGCCUCCCCGAAAGACCCCUUUCCUUUCCACUGCGCCUCGUGGGGAGGCAGAGGUGGGGGGCGUCUGGUCUGCCCCCCCCGUGCUUCCCCCUACUUGCCAAAUAAAUUUACAAUGUGGCACCCAGCCUGUUGCGGUUCUUCUUUUAAACUGCUCCGUGGUGGAAGGGCUUUCCUCCGCCCCGCUGGCCGGGUGUCCAUAUGCGCCCCCUUCUGUGCACUGAGCUGCAAGUGAGACAGGUGCCGUUCUUAGAAUCAUAGAAUCCUAGAGUUGGAAGAGACCACAAGGGCCAUCCAGUCCAACCCCCUGCCAAGCAGGAAACGCCAUCAAAGCAUUCUUGACCUAUGGCUGUCAAGCCUCUGCUUAAAGACCUCCAAAGAAGGAGACUCCACCACACUCCUUGGCAGCAAAUUCCACUGUCGAACAGCUCUUACUGUCAGGAAGUUCUUCCUAAUGUUCUUGGGGGUCCCGCAACCAGCUUGGGCUUAGCGCAUCAAAGCUGGGAAUUGUGCAGUUUUUAAAGUGAGGGUCUUGGCAGCUGAGCAGAGGGCGGGGCACUCUGGUUGCUGUCGGUCCUGCUUUGAAGGGAAAGGCAACACCCACUGGGGGUAUCGGGGAGAGAGUUGGACAUGAGAAGAGAGGAGAGAUUGAAGAGGAGAAAGGUGCCUGGUGGCGGUUGGAGGAUGGAUGGCAGCUAACAGAUUGAGGUUGAAUCCUGACAAGACAGAAGUACUGUCUUGGGAGGACAGGGGGUGGGUGGGGGUGGAGGACUCCCUGGUCCUGAAUGGAGUCACUGCCUCUGAAGGACCAGGUGCGCAGCCUGGGAAUCAUUUCGAACUCACAGCUGUCCAGCUCCAUCUGGUACACAGGCUGAGACCCUACCCGCCCUCAGACUGUCUCGCCAGAGUGGUCCAUGCGCUGGUUAUCUCCUGCUUGGGGUACCACCAUGCACUCUGCAUGGGGGCUACCUUUGAAGGUGACCCGUAAACUACAACUAAUCCAGAAUGCUGCAGCUAGACUGGUGAGGUCCAGCUCCGAGGGCCUUCUGGCGGUUCCCUCCCUGCGAGAAGUGAGGUUGCAGGGUACCAGGCAGAGGGCUUUCUCAGUAGUGGCACCCGCCCUGUGGAACGCCCUCCCAUCAGAUGUCAAGGAAAUAAACAGCUAUCUGACUUUUAGAAGACAUCCGAAGGCAGCCCUGUUUAGGGAAGUUUUUAAAGUUUGAGGUUUUAUUGUGUUUUUAAUAUUCUAUUGGGAGCUGCCCAGAGUGACUGGGGAAACCCAGCCAGAUGGGCAGGGUAUAAACAACAAAUAAUAAUAAUAAUAAGCAAUAAACAGCUAUCUGACUUUUAGAAGACAUCUGAAGGCAGCCCUGUUUAGGGUAAUUUUUAAUGUUUGGUGUUGAAUCGCUUUUUUAUUCUGUUGGGAGCUGCCGAGAGUGGCUGGGGAGACCCAGCCAGAUGGGCGGGGUAUAAAUAAUAAAUUAUUAUUAUUAUUAUUAUUACACCUGCAGCAGGUACCACAAAGGAUCCUUGCAGAGCUACAGUUCCCAGCACUCUUAAACUACGGCCCCCAGAAUUUCUGGGGUAGGGGAAGCCGUGUGCUAUUUAAAUGCAUGAUGCAGGUGUGACCCAACGUAAGAAAGUAAAACUUACAAAAGUCUGGCCACUUCUGCCUCUUGUCCUCCCACCCCACCCCUCACACACAAAGUUGCCCCGAAAGAAACGUGGCCCUGUGGCUGAUGGGAGGUCUUUUCCCCUUCCAUGAAGCACUUUUUUGGGCACUGAGCUAAGCUGCUCCUGACCGCAGGUGGGCCAGGUGAGCAGCUGGAACUUUAAAAAGUGCGGCCUCUUCUGUUUCCCACAGAUCUUGCGCGGUGCCGGUUUCCUGUCGAACCAUUGGCCGGCAAGUAGUGUGGGGUUCUUCCGAAACCAAACUUCUGAAGGCAUUGAGACAUUUCUCACCGAGAGAGCGGGAAGGGUUGGGGAACGUAAAGGCGGUUUCCGGGGAAAGUUUUGAUGCGUGGCACUGAGCCAAUAUAACCUCCCAAUUCCCGCAUUUCGGCUAGGAGCCAUAGCUUGCACAGUUAACUAGAAAGUGAGUGAAAUAAAAAUGGAUCCUUUUCUACGUACGCAACCGACCAGUGCACUAAAUAC